GACAAGUCCCCGGCCAAGAGCUCCAAAUCCGAUGUCAGCCCUGCAGCUGACUUCCCGGACUUCCCCACAUCAGGUUUCUUCGAUACCGCGCCCGGUGGUAUGGGCGGCAUGGGCGGCUUCGACAGUGCGCCUGCGGGAAUGGGAGGCAUGGGUGGCUUCGACAGCGCCCCGGCAGGCAUGGGAGGCAUGGCCGGCAUGGCUGGCAUGGGCCAGGCCUUUGGCCAGCCACCACCAGCGCAGCCGGCGCAGACCUGGGGACAGCCCCAGGCCAUGCCGCCGCAGACCAUGCCGCCUCAGACCAUGCCGCCACAGACCAUGCCGCCACAAGGCAUGCCACCACAGACCAUGCCGCCACAGGGCAUGCCACCUCACGGCAUGCCACCACAGACCAUGCCGCCACAGAGCAUGCCACCUCACGGCAUGCCUCACACUACUAUGCCGCCCCACAGCAUGCCUGACGCCGCACAACCGGGAUUUGGCCAAGCCAGCCCCAGUUUCGGCGCGAACGCUCCCGGGGCCUACGGCCAGCCUCCGCCAGCACAGACCUGGGGGCA